AUGGCCGACUCUAAAACUCUACCGAAGAACAAGCUGACGCCGCGCUUUCGGAAAUCUUUGCCUUCCAGUGAUACAAGCAAGAUGAGCCCCGAGCAAAAAGCACGCUAUUUGGCCUUUGCCGAUCCCGCCAAGCCAGACGUGAAGACGAUGCUGGCCACCACUCUCAUGAAAGAGAGGAAGGUCAUGGACAGUCGGCAAAGGGAAUUGGAAGAUAAAAACCUGAUUGGGGUCCUCAAGGCUUCCGAAGCACGGAACCGCCUUCGAAACUCAAGGCUCCAGUACCAGAAUCUGAGAGCGCAAGAGAUCAACUUCCUGAUCUCCUUCCAAAGGAAUGCGAAAGGCGCUGUGAGGUUGGAAGUCUUUCUCCCACCCAGGAGAAAUAUUGCAAAAUUGUCUGACUGCAUGGACACCAUUCAGCGUGGCCGGAUUGAGGAGAUUCUGGAAGACGAGAGCGGUGAGAUCUAUAUCCGGAGGCCUUAG